AUGUUAAAUUUAUUUCCACCACGAUUGUGGUUACAUUUUAGUCAAACUGGGGGUGCAUACUUUUGUUUGAGCCAUUUUCGGACUCAUCCAUUACUUUCACUAAGACGAUGUAUUGAAUUAUGGUGCAUUAUUCUAUCAGCACUUGCAUUGUUACAAUUAAUUGUAUCAAUUGGUGCUGCUACAACAAAUUAUACAUUCCUAAUUAAGAUGCUCUUCCCGGAUGCAGUAGAUGCUGUUCAAAGGGAUCUUGGUAUUCUAAUUGUAUUAAUGUUUAUAUCAGCUAUUUUAGCACUUUUAGUAGGUGCAAUGGGAUUAACAUCUGUAAAUACUGGUAGUAUUUUGUCAACAAAAAUAUUUAUUUUAUGUAAUUACUUACAUGUAUUAAAAGAUAUUGCCUUUUUAGUAGCUAUACUUGUAUUAUUAUCAAAAUGGAAAAUUCUUACUGGUAAUUCAGCAGCAUUUUUUUCUAUUAUAAUUGGAAUUUCUUUAAUUUCAGGUAUUUAUAUUUCAUAUAUUGGUGAAAAUUAUUUACAUGUUAUUGAAAUUGGAGGUACUGGAGAUGAACUUGCUACUGCAACAGAGCUUGAAUCUCAGUCAACUGUAGGACAAGACUUAGAAUUAUCAAAAGAAGAAGACUCUUCAUUAUUAUCACGAAAAUAA